AUGGUUUCAUUACGUGAUCACCAUUGUAUUGCAACUGCCGAUUUAUUGGCCACGUCUCAAGCUAGUUUAGAGCCUCUCAGUGGACUUGUUGAACCGCUCUUGGGUGGCCUUACCGAUGAACUUGGACUCGGGGACCUUCUUGGCAAAAGAUUAGCUGGGGAAUUUGCUCAAGUUCCAGAUGAUAUCGCGGCAAGGGACGAUGUUGAUAAACGUUUCCUUGAACUUCUUAGCAAGUUCAAGCCUCACACGCCUACUCCUUCCACGUUCACCACCACGGCCCAUGACACCGAAACCACCACUACUCACAAAGUGGAAACUACUGUUGUUACUGUCACUCAAUGUAAAGGUCUGGAGUGUAGUCUAGUUCCCCCCACUACUGGGUUUGUCACUGUUACUGACGUUGCAACUACUUACAUCACUUUGACUCCCUUGCCAAGCACCACCACAACCACCACUGCUCCGCCUCCACCUCCACCAACAAGCACCGCUUCUGUCACUUUUGUUGAAAUUGAAACCGCGGUUGUCACCAUCACCUCGUGCUCAUUAGACAAGUGUCACACCAACACCGUCACGACUGGUCUUACCACUGUCACGGAGGACUCCACGAUUUUCACAACUUACUGCCCAUUGACAACCACUGUCCCUAUUUCUGUCCCUGCCAACCCUGUCAGCACAUCAACAGACAUUGAGACGACUCUUGUCACCAUCACUUCAUGUAAGGACAAUGUGUGUCAAACUCAAACGGCCACAAGUGGAGUUUCCGUUGUCUCUGAGAGUACUACGGUUUACACCACUUAUUUCCCAAUUGUUGCAACCUCAAGUCCAAGUGCACCACCUCCUGCAAGCUCAAGAUCCAGCUCCAGCUCCAGCUCUAGCUCCAGUUCAAAAGCACCAUCUUCCAGUGCCGCUCCUCCAGCAUCAAGUGCACCUCCUUCGGCUCCAGUUUCAAGCUCAACUGCAGCACCGGCAUCAUCGAACAUACUCCGUUUUGGGUCAUCCUGGAGAAUUUAA